UUAUGUUUGUGAAUUAUUUUGAUAGUAGUUGACAACCGUAGCUUGUUUGUUCGUCAAUUUAAUUUGAACAGCGGAGUAAACACGCAAAAAUGAAUCGGCUUCUGUUUAAUAGAAGUAUUUUGAACAGUAGUUUUCUGGUGCGGAAUUAUACAGUGAAACCGUUGACGCCACCAUUGAGGAAUAUUGUUAAGGAGCCGUCUCGAUUGAUUUACAAGCCAAUAGUUUAUACAUUUUCCACAAAUGGUUUGAAACAAUUUUGCCGUAGCAAUGGUUCAUAUGCACCGCUCAACAUCGAUACAAAUUUGGCCAAAGAUGUGAUCGUGUUUAAAUACAAUAAUCCAAGAUAUUUCAAAAUGAUGAAUAUUUUUGGCUUGGCCCAAUUUUUCUUCUGGCUCAUUUGCUCUGAAUUCACACUAUCAAAUUUACGCAAUACGCCGAUCAACGAAGGUGCACCAAAUUUUGCUGAUUUACCGCUUUAUUUACGAGUUAAUCUAGGUGAAAAUAAAUAUAAGUAUGGACUGGCCAUCGGUUGUUUUAUGUUUGGUCUCGUGAUCUUAGGAUUUGUUUGGACAUUUACACUGAGAAACGUUCGUUAUUUGAUUCUUAGGAAGGGUGGAAAUAAAGUGGCAUUCGUUACGUAUGGCCCAUUUGGAACGAAUCGCAUCAUUGAUGUACCGUUGAAUUGUGUAUCGGCUGUUACAGCGAGAGAAAGCGGCGCCAGUUCACUUCCAAUUAAAGUUAAGAGCAAAAGAUUCCACUAUUUACUCGACAAACAAGGCGAAUUCACAAAUCCAAAACUAUUCGAUCAUGUUAUCAACGUUAAGAGACGCAUAUAAACCAAACUUACUAGCUAAUUCACAGGAAUUCAUUCUAUUGUUUUGAAUAAAUUUUGUUUUUGUUUGAAGAAAAAAAGAAGAACGAUUCACUUUACUUCAUGAAAUCCA